AAUUAGUUAGGGGGCCCCAAUAACCGCCACUCUAGUCCUGAGGCGGCGAGGCCAAACCGGUUCAGGGCUGGGUUCUCCCAGUGGCCCGGGCUACCUGCCUUUCCAGGCCCACAACCCCAAUCCCUCAAGGUUGUCGCUUCACGGAUUGCCCUUCUCUAGAACCAACUCCGGCACGUCAUUGGCGCCUGCAGGAGAAUGUGCGGUCAUGGCCAUCGAGAAUGUUGACAAGGAACGGACGCGCUGCAUUUAAGCCAGAUGGCGACCGCAACAUUCCCGACGGCCCCCGCCCCGACCAGACAUGGCACGAAUGGGUUCGGCCGUGACCAGACAGCGAGCAGCCCGGGCUUGGCUCCACUACCAGAAGCCCGAAAAUCAACAUCUCCACCCGUUGCCGCCGCCACUGACUCGGCCCACCCGACAACCGCGAGCCCGGGCCCUAUCAGAAACUCGGUUGCUCCACCGACCUCCACCAUUCCUCCUCUACACCCAACCCACGGGACCACCGGUUUGAUACCCGGCUCGCGCAGCCGCGAUGGCACCUCGAGCUCUGUGCCCGUUUCUGAGUCCGAUUCAGCUUCGUGGUCAAGGGAGGAGUCGCUCAUUAGCUCCGAGGAUGACUACCUACCGCCUCCGCCCGCACUAGGGCGCAUCCCUUUGGUGUCAUCCGCUGCCCUGACCGUUCGAGCUUGGGGCGGUGGUGCUGGCCCACCAUUCACAUGGCGUCCCACAGCCAGUAGGCAUUCGCAGGCCCAGCGAACCGCCCCUGCAGCUUCUCCAGAAUCUCGGUCCGAAAAUCCAGACGAGGCGGUGACAAGCCUGCCCGCCGAAGCACGGGGCCGGAUUUUGUUGAUAAAGGUGGAGGAUCAACGCGGAAGAAUUAAACACUUGCGAACCAACAUGGCUGAGAAACGGGAGGGAGUGCGGAAGCUCCGUCGACAAAAGGCCGAGGCCGACAAUGCUUUUAUGCAACUAAUAAGACCGCACCUGGCCAAAAGGAUGACAACGGCCCCUACCGACUUAAUGGGCGAGCGAUUCCAUGAGAUGCAGAGCAUCCGCGAUGACUACUAUUCCGCUGAAUCUGCAUACGAGGCGUUGGAGAAAAAACUAGAUGGGGAAGAAGACAAGUUGCAGGCGCUGGAGAUGGAGUUUUUCCGUCUUUUGUACUACCAAGUUGGCGUGAGUCCCCCCGACGCUACGUCUGUGCAGUAUGGGGGGCAACAGGACGAGGAUGAGGGCGAGGAAAAACAUGCGGCGACGGCGGCUGCAGAGGAUCCGGAUAACGAUUCGGAUGACCAAGAGGAGAAUGAUACAUCGGAAGAUGAUGAUGGCAAGGACAGCGACCCGGCAUCAGCAUCAAGAAUCUCCCUAUUGGGCAUAUCUGGCGACCGUGAAGACGAUAUACACCCCUUAUACCAAGAGUUGCUUGACACCGUUGCAGACCGCGAAGACGCCGGCGAGGCAUAUGACGAGCUGCAGAUGCGGCAUGAUAAAAUACUGUAUGACCUCGAGAUGAAGCUCCAUCGCGACCGCGUACGCAACAACCAGGGCAACUUCAUGAGCGAGGACGACCUGAAGCUGCUGAGGUUAUCACUUGCACAGGUGCCCACGGACGCGAAAGACUUUAGGGCCAAGUUCGGGGUCGGUAUUGAAGACGACGACAUUGACUUCCUUCGGGGCUUUGAGCACGAAGAAGUCCAGUUGCGGAGGAAGCUAGAACAAGCAUCGGAUGACGUCGAGCAGCUGAGAAAGCUAUGCACAGAAAAAGGUGUGAUGCGUAAGAACGCAUCGUACAAUGAGGAAUUUGCCAUUUUCUCAGGAAGCAACCGGACUUCUCUGUUGCCCGACGGCAAUAUGUCGAUUGAGCCGCACUCAAGAGUGACGGGCGAUCUAGCUCACCCAAAGUUUCCGAUCUUGGUCUCAAACCCUUCGCACGUUCUCGACCUCCUCUCCCCAAAGGCGGCCAUGGACAGGGCCAUGAGGCUGCCCAAGGACUAUCCGGCAAACGCUCGGCGUAGAGCAGAGUGCAUGAAGGAGCUAGGCAUCACCAAUCUUAUGAAAAAGGUCGAGAGCAAACCAGACUACAUUAACCAGUGGCUCAUCCACAGAUUACGCACGUCUCCGAUGGAAGCCGAACUCAUGUUUACCAUUGCCGAGGAGAGCUUCAAGAUUGUCAACCUGCGCAGGUGGCAAGAGGAAGUCCUUUCGUACUGGCGACGAGACGAGGCUGCCCAGCUUUCACCUCUUGACUUUCAGGGCCCGCAGACGGCAAAGGACGAGCUGGGGAUCAUCGACAAUGUCAAGUCUCUUGUGAAUUCGGUUAUUGAGGCGUCGACUCGGCCAAAGAGCGAAGUUGGCGGUGACCACCACCACCUCCAUCAUCGUCAAGACCAUGAUGUCCGAUCAGUUCUGAGUUUUUCCUAAUCGCCACUAUUACUUUUCAAGCUUUCACAUUUCAUUUUGGCCGUUCCAUUUUAUACAUUGCCCUGUUCCUGGUUUAAUAUUUUUAUCCUGUACUUGGUGUCUCACGCCUUGAGACAAUUUCUAC